AUGAGCGGAGUCGACUGUGUCGCCGCUUGUUUUGUGAUUGUAAAGGCGCCGGCCGGGGAGUUUUACUUUAAUUUCCUUUAAUUGUUUUCAAUGUCUGUGUUGUAUAGGAAUACAAAUCGACAAGGAAGCUAACAAACACGCUGGAUCAAAUGGAAAAAAUAAGUUGACUGCUUGGCUCCUGGGAGAGUUUGUUUUCCUCGCUCCAGGAGAAAAGUGUAGCUCGUUUUGAUCAAAAUGAUUUGGAUUUUUGUAAAUAAGGGAAUUCCGGAAUAGUGUCAUUUUCAGAGGACGCCGGUGACCCCAAAUUUCAAGCAACAUCGGAACGUCGGAACAACAGCAAUAACAACAACGGCAGCAGCAGCAGCAAAACACCAUCUUCAUCCUGGCGCGCUGGGGUUGUGUGUGGCCCGAUGCCGUUGUAACAGUUGCAGUGUGAGCUACAUCAUAUCAGAUUUGUCGUACGUGAAACAUUUUUGUGCUUGUAACGCUGAAAACAAGCACCCAGCUCCUGUAACGUUAGCCUGUCCGUCGCAACGUCUACGAACUGAAUGAAGCUCAAGCGGUGGAAAGCGGCGACGAUGCUGGAUUUUCAACCAUGAGGAAAUUUGAAAGAUGAACACCAUGUUUCCUAUGUGAUAAAUACCGAUUUCCCUUUUCGUUGUAAAAAGGGGAAAUAAUCUGACUUUUUGUGAGUGGAAAGGGAAUCGCCACUUCCAACAUGAGGGAGGUGUAGGGCCGCAGAGUAUUUAUUUAUUGUGGGGGGAGCGGGUUUUUCUGUCGCAUCAACAUUUUUUUUUAUUUUGAUUACUUUUAAGUCAGGGCUAAUCUUGCAUUUGCGUAAUUGUGAUUGCAACAGCGCCAUUUAAGAUACAAAUAUCUAUGCGAGGAUAGGCUAGUGGUGUACACGAAAAGAACUAGGUCAGAUCGUUUAAAUGAUACGGCUAGAGUAUUAUCGAGAGUGAGGGCGACUCUCGUAAUUAUGGCAGCUGUCACCUUUAUUUGAUUUAUAUCCCAAUAUUUUUUAUUCUUUUUUAUUUUGUUUGUAGGCCUGUGUCAGGUUUACCGUUGCCAAAUGAGUAUUUGACAACCACCUGCCCAAGUCCUCUCUACCAGGAUUCUCACCCAUCUUUUCGCUUGUAACAUCUUAGAGGGAGGUGCUUCUUUUAUUCCUCUUCCUCGUUUUCCUCUUGUUUUUCUUCUUUUGGUGAUUGCUGUUGAGUUAAUGGCUCUGUGCGAAACAACGGCCACUAAUGCCGCAAAAAUGAUGGCUGCAUACAACGGCGGCGCUUCGGCAGUGGCGGCGCAUCACCCACACCAUCAUCACCAGCUACCGCAUCUCCCACCUCCCCAUCUCCACCAUCACCACCACCCGGGCCAGCAUCACCUGCAGCACCCCGGCUCGGCGGCUGCGGUGCACCCGGUCCAGCAGCACGCGUCUACGGCCGCUGCAGCCGCUGCUGCCGCUGCUGCGGCGGUGAUGCUGAACCCGAGCCAGCAGCAGCCGUACUUUCCCUCGCCAGCCCCUGGACAGGCUCCCGGACCCGCGGCGGCUGCGGCACCGGCCCAGGUUCAGGCUGCGGCGGCCGCGGCUGUCAAAGCGCACCACCACCACCACCAACACUCGCAUCACCUGCAGCAACAACUGGACAUCGAGCCGGACAGACCCAUCGGAUAUGGAGCUUUCGGAGUGGUCUGGUCAGUGACAGAUCCGAGAGACGGAAAGCGGGUCGCCCUGAAAAAGAUGCCCAACGUCUUCCAGAACCUCGUCUCCUGCAAGAGGGUCUUCCGUGAGCUCAAGAUGCUCUGCUUCUUCAAACACGACAAUGUUCUUUCGGCCCUUGACAUUCUGCAGCCUCCCCACAUCGACUACUUUGAGGAAAUAUACGUGGUGACAGAGCUCAUGCAGAGUGACCUUCAUAAGAUCAUUGUGUCGCCACAGCCCCUCAGCUCCGACCACGUCAAAGUGUUUCUGUACCAGAUACUGAGAGGGCUGAAGUACCUGCAUUCUGCGGGGAUUCUGCACAGAGACAUCAAACCUGGCAACCUCCUGGUCAACAGCAACUGCGUUCUCAAGAUCUGUGACUUCGGCCUGGCACGUGUGGAGGAGCCGGACGAGUCACGUCACAUGACCCAGGAGGUGGUGACGCAGUACUACAGAGCUCCUGAGAUCCUGAUGGGCAGCCGGCACUACUCCAACGCCAUCGACAUCUGGAGCGUGGGCUGCAUCUUCGCCGAGCUGCUCGGCCGUCGCAUCCUGUUCCAGGCCCUGAGUCCCAUCCAGCAGCUGGAUCUGAUCACGGAUCUGCUGGGAACCCCUUCUCUGGAGGCCAUGAGGACAGCGUGCGAAGGCGCCAGAGCUCACAUUCUCAGGGGACCCCAUAAACAGCCAUCACUUCCUGUGCUCUAUACCUUGUCCAGCCAAGCCACGCAUGAAGCCGUGCACCUCCUCUGCAGAAUGCUGGUGUUCGACCCGUCGAAGCGGAUCUCUGCAAAGGAUGCCCUUGCUCACCCGUACCUGGACGAGGGGCGGCUGCGGUACCACACCUGCAUGUGUAAAUGCUGCUACACCACCUCGUCCGGACGGGUCUACACCAAUGACUUCGAGCCCGUCACCAACCCCAAGUUCGACGACGGCUUCGAGAAGAACCUCACCUCCGUGCGCCAAGUGAAGGAGAUCAUCCACCAGUUCAUCCUGGAACAGCAGAAGGGAAACCGGGUGCCCCUCUGUAUCAACCCCCAGUCAGCUGCCUUCAAGAGCUUCAUCAGCUCGACAGUGGCACAGCCCUCAGAAAUGCCCCCCUCUCCCCUGGUGUGGGAGUGACCAGCGAAGGCCGUACCCACCGGCUCACCCGCCCCCACGCGCCUGACUACUGAAGACACGGCUUCCAAACCUACGUAGCAUUUCACUGGAGUCUAGGACUAGCAGCGUUCGAUCGUGUGUGUACUGUAACCUUAACUAAUGAAGUUUGUCAAGAGUCAACCACUGCUGAAGGGGACGGGGGGGAGGGAGGGGAGGGGGCUGCAGGCGUGCACUCGUGUGCAGGUGACUGCUGCAGACAGAGCAUGCGGGGUGGACCGUGACGCGUCCCGCAUGGAAGGAGCCACUCGGGCCCCCGCCGCCCGUCACCACAGGCACCGUAGCACCACCACAGGCCACAUGUGUGAAGCUCAUGUUGACGAGUGACUGGAUUAGAGAGCGGCAUUCCUCUCAGCGGGGCCGUUCGGGCCGUCCCUUCUCCAGGGCGCACCGUGGUGGACGUGCGGGGCAGGCAGGUGGCGCUGUGUGUGUUUGCCAUUUGCUCUUUGACGGAAUACCGUGCGUUUCCCUUGUUCUGCGCUUGCUCCGUUUCCCCUUCCCAGGGCGUGUCAACACCAUGCCCCACCCUAAUCAGGUGUGCACACCUGGGUGCCGGGUCAAUACUGGGCCUGGGUUCCUGUGUGCGUUGAAACUGGGAGUACACACACACACCCACACAUAAACGCGUGUGAACAGUGUCCCUGGAGAAAUGCAGGCAGGCUAGUUUUUAUGGAAAAAUGUGGCCAUUUGUAAUUUCCUUUCUUGUCUGUGGCUGCUCCAGGGUGGCAAAAACAGAAACUGAAAGGAGAAAGAUUGCCCCAACCUGUGGGGGGUCCCCAGAGCUGGGUCAGGGCGGGUUCAGGGCUGCGGUUGGUGAGCUGGGCAGCACAGAGAGGUGCAAGGGCGGCACAGGCCCUCUGAGUCACUGCUGGGUCAAAGAGAGCUGGCCAGGGUUAGCAGGAUCAGUAGGAGUUGGCAGUAUGUCCUUUGGGAAUGAGUGCCUAACCCCCCCCCCCAGCAAGGAGGCUACAGCAGGACUACAUGUGACAGUUCAGCUCUUUCCCAGUCUAGAUAUCUGUACCACUCAGAGCAGUCAGUCACAGAGUCAUUCCAGAAAUUGCUUUCAGCGUCAAACCAAAAGAAUUAUGUCAUUUUAAGACAAAAAGAAAAAGUGAGAGGACAGGUUCAGAGGUUUUAGUUAAACUUAAGGUUCUAAAAAUGAGGUUUAUGUGUGUGACAGACAACUGAUAUCACAAGAGGAUAGGUGUUAUUUUGGGAGGUUUUUAAUCAUAUGAGUCUCCCCCUUGCAGGGGCCCAUUUGGCAAACAGUUCCAAAGGAGAGAUAAUUGGGAGCAUCAAGCAGACUUCAGCUCUCUUUGCUGUGAGCACCUGUGGCAGUUUCAUCUUACCUGCAUAUACACACACACACACACACACAACCUGCCUGCCUGCACCUGCUCAGAAAACCGUCACAGAGUAAAUCUGUUUAAUAUAUUUUUUAGAUUAUUAUUAUUUCUCUUCACAUUCUAUGGCAUGCAUUCUCAUGGGCCACAGAAUAGGCAUGUAAAUAAGUGGAAAAAUUGAUAGAUUUAAACAACUUUUAGAAAUGGAUUUAAAACAAAAAAAUUUAAACAAAGUGAAAAGUCAAACAAAUCUGCUGUAUAGAAGGUGAAUUAGCCUACACAUUUUAGGGCUGUGAAUUUGAGUUUAUUUUUGAGAUAUAUAUAAAUGUAUAAAUAUAUUUUUUUCUUUCUUCUUUAAUUUUUUUUCUUUCUUUUUUGGUUCCCUGCACUGGAAAGUGUAAACAAAAAGAAUCACACACAAAAAUAUUUUAAAAACAAAAAACAAGGAAAAACACAUAACCAAUUAUGUUAAUUGUGUCUUGUGUGAUAUGAAUAUUAUACUGCAGAGCUGUGGAUAAUGAAUAUUGAAGUAGAAGCAUUUCUGUUGUUUUUU